AUGGAUUCCGGCUCAGGCGACAACAUCGACGCGGUCGACGACGCCGGAGACAGUGCCAUGGCGUUGGCGGUCUUGGACAUGGGGCAGGCGGAGAGCCAGCCAUGCUGCUCCUCGGCCGAGAAGCUUGAAAUUGAGCAGGUCGCGUCGCAAGCGGAGGGGAUCCAGAAUGCGUGCCCUGAGUCGAAGAACACUGUUGAGGAUCCCAUUUCGUCUCGGUUCACCGACAAAGACUUGAUGAGAACAAACACGUCGCUCUUGAGAGGAGUUCCUUUGCAUACGACACUCAGACACUGGAGGCGGGUCUGGAGAAGAAGCCCAAGUGAGUUGACGAUGUCGCAGCGCGCAGAGGUCUUUGAGUAUUCUCGGCAAACGGAGGAGCUUGAUAUGUUUAUAUCCCAUACUUGGCAGACACCGGGAUGGAGGAAGUUCUUCUCCUUGCUGAUUCGCUCUGGCUGGCGCUGCAUGCUCACCUUCUGGGCAGUUGGAACGGGCCUUGCGUUUCUGCUUUGCUGCUUGGACGUGCUUCCUCUGUUCUACAGCUCAAGAGCAGCCAUCUUCCAGUUUCAGAGCGUUAUUCCUAUGGGCUGUUGGGCCACGCUGACCGGGUUGGUAUCAGGCAUUGGGGGGCUCUUGCUGUCUGUGUAUCUUCCGAUCGACAAUUCAUCGUGCUUUCUCGACGUCGCGUGCAUUCCUCAGACAGACGACGUCCUCAUGCGGCAGGGGAUUUACAAUAUCGGCGGCUGCCUAGCAGUGUCUAGAACCUUGCAUGUGCUCUGGAGCCCGCCGUUUUUUUCAAGAUUGUGGUGCAUGUUCGAGCUCUCGGCAUACCGCAAGAUGAACCCAACUGGGCGGAUCGUUUUUGCUCCGAUCUAUAUCGAGGCUUUCUCUGCUCAGGUUUUCAUUUGGCUGCACCUCGUCGGACUCAUGAUGGUGUUCUUCAGGGCAUCAUACGACGAAGGUGGGGUUGGAGUUCUUGCGAUGUGGGUGUUUGUGGCGAUGUGCCUGUUUCCGCUUGCGCUGUCCUUGCGGGCAAACAGCUUGGAUCGUCAACGCAUGCUGGCAGCCCUGGACCAAUUUGAGGUGAGGGAAGUGCAGUGUCUCAAUGACUUUGACAGGAAUUACAUCCAUACUGCCAUCGUUAGUUGGUAUGGGAGCUUGGAUGCGUUUUCUGACUACGUGCGAGGCCCAUUCCGUCAAGAAGUGCAAGUGCCGCUGCAGCUUCCAUACGCCUACCACUGUGUGCUCGCCACACCAUUCUUUGCUACGAGCUUAGACUUCGUGGUGGGAUUGUUGAAGGCAGGUGCCCCGAUAGAGAGCGUAUUGGCCUACACCGUAAGCGUCCUAGUUGGCUUGAACCUGCUCUGGACUCCUGCUGCUCUGGCUCUUCUUGUCUUUGCUUGCGAGCAUUUGCCCGAACACAGUUUCAAAGGCAGUCGCUACCUGCAGACCCUCGCAAUAUCUCUGGCAAUGUGGCUCCUCUAUGUCAUCGGGCUGACCUGUUCCGUGGGCUCCUACGUCCUUUUCAGCAGCUUCUGGCCGGUCCUGGUGUGGACGGCAGGGGCGCUUCUCUUCGCCAGUGUGGUUUGGCGAUUUUGCUGGUGGUGA